AUGGGGUCCCUUCCAGGCUUCACCGAAAUUCCCGACCUGACACCCUUGGAGCGUAUUGGUCCCAAAGGCUACCUCCGGUAUGUCUUUCCUUUUCAACUCAAGGAUGACUACGACCUCGAUCAAGUAGCUUUAGUCCUCUGUGCUGGAUAUGAAGCUGCCCAGCGACGAAUCAUUGUCUUGGACUGCGAGGCCAUUCCAGACUUUGAUGCAAAGCAAGCUCCGAAAACUACCAUAUGA